CCUCCACAACACACUCACCAUGGCCCUCCAGCCGCCACGGCUGGCGUACUACGCUACAACAGAGGAAGCGCAUAUUGCUCUACAAGCGCACGCAUCAGCACAGGGCUACGGCCUAGCAAAAUACCGUAGUAAACCAGACAGAGUGGACAUACGAGCAUACCUCCAGGACGCAUGCCGACAUCUCCGCCGCCAGCACCGCCUAUUUCUGUAGUCCCUCGUCCAGUUCCUGUCGCUCGGAAUGCCUAUCAGUCGACAGCUACACCGGUUGAUCUUUCUCGUAUUGAUCCAGCCCUUCUUAGGCCUACAGCUGCAUCUACAGCAGCACCUCUACGGCAGCACCUACGGCAGCACCUAUGGCAGUACCUACGGCAGCACCUAUAGCAACGCAUACAGCAGCGCAUACAGCAGCGCAUACAGCAGCGUAUACAGCAGCGUAUACAGCAGCGCAUACAGCAGCGUAUACAGCAGCGCCUACGGCUACACCUACAGCUACACCUACAGCUGCACCUGCAGCUAAGAAGCGCGGCCGCCUGGUGCAAAGGAUAAGGUACCACGGAAAAAGGCACUUCAGAGGAAAGAUAGUACUCAGCAUACGACUCAGCCUAUGCCUCAGCC